AUGGAAAAUAAUGAUAACGAGGUUGAGGGUGCUAUGCAAACUACUCCAACUAUGGGAAGUGAAGUUCAUGUAGCGACUGAAUCACAUUUGCAAAAUGAUAGUGUUCCAAUCGAGGCAAAUGAAGCAACUCCAACAAAAUCCAAUGAUGGGACAACGCAGCUUAGGGCAUACCUUGUCAACCAAGAUCAAGCAAAGACAGAGCUUGCAAAUAUAAUUAUAUUGCAUGAGUACCCGUUAUCUAUGGUUGAUCAUGUUGGCUUUAGAAGGUUUAUAUAUGUGCUGUGUCCACAUACUGCUGAGGUCCUCGCAAAUGCACUUGUUGAUUGCCUCUUGGAUUGGAACUUGGAUCUAACACCAAAAAUAGAUGAAAAAUUUAUUGAAACAACUCGACAAUUGAAGGUUCCAAUCACAAAGAAACUAGAACUUGAUUGCAAAACACGAUGGAACUCUACAUAUUUAAUGCUUAACACUGCAUUGGAAUAUGAAGCUAUGCUUGCUCGUUUGAAACAACGUGAGACUUUAUAUAAAAGAGUUCCUACACAACAAGAUUGGUCAAAAGUGAGAGGUAUUUAUUCUAAAUUGGAGAUAUUUUUUGAUGCCACAGAGUUAUUUUCGGGGACCAGGUAUCCCACUAUAAAUCUUUUCUUCUCAACUAUUUGCGAUAUUAAGUUGGCAAUUGGUGAUUGGCUUCUCUUGGCUGAUAAUUUGGUGAAAACAAUGGCAACAAAUAUGAAAGUAAAAUUUGAAAAGUAUUGGGACGUAAUGAAUUGUUUAUUGGAAAUUGGGAGUAUUUUAGAUCCGAGGUACAAGAUGAAGACAAUUCAAUUAUAUUAUCCUCUUGUUUAUGGUGAUAUGUCUCCCUAUGAGAUUGAAAAACUAAAGAAAAAGUUGUGUGACGUAGUUGAAGAGUAUGAGAAGAAAUCCAAACAAUCGCAGAAAGUGAAAAAUUCACAAUCUUCUACUUUAAGGCCUCCACUUCCUAAGCGUGGUAGUUAUGCUGAUAAAUUUGAGCUGUUCAUGGAUUCUAAUACUAGUACUGAACAUAAGUCAGAUUUGGAUUAUUAUUUAGAAGAGUCUCUGUUGCCAAGAACAAGUGAGUUUGAUAUCUUAUGUUGGUGGAAGACAAAUGAGAUCAAAUAUCCCAUUUUGCAUGAUAUUGCUAAGGAUGUGUUUGCCAUUCCCGUGAUGACUGUUGCUUUUGAAUCAACAUUUAGUACUAGUGGGAGAGUUUUAAAUGCUCACCAUAGUAAACUUCAUUCUAAAACUGUUGAGACUUUGAUGUGUGCUCGAGAUUGGUUAUGGAGUAAAAUUCAAGAUUCUUUAAUUUCAAAUGAUCAAAAGUUUGACAAUGAUGCUGAUAUUGAGGAGCCGGAGUCAUGCUCACGCACAGUCACAGACAGCAACUCCAUAGAAUGUUAG